AUGCGAGGUUCUUCAACCGUUCCCCUUGUGCUCCCUGCUCUGGUUCUUGCGCUGGUCGCAAGGUGGGUCAUCGCUCUCUGCUAUUGCGGGAGCCUGCUGAAUCUGAUGCGAGCAUUCCCCAGCACCGGAGCCCUUCCCGUCAUACUCCCCAGCCACGGCCCCACGGUGACCGUCGUACAUGCCUUGGAAGGAGCCUCUUAUGUACCUACUGAUCCCGCCCGCGUGUUCAUCGUCACGGACGAACGAAGCAAGUCUCAAGAUGGUGGCACAGUCCCCAAUCUCGAAGAGCAUGCCAGUAAAUAUGAUCAGCUCUUCACGGACGCCCAUCUGCACGCAGAGAGCGACAAGCCUGUCGAGAUUGACUCGGGCGCCAGCGGAGAGGUCGUCGUUUUCAGCAAGCUCAUGAAUGCGGCAGAUUUGUCCUCUAGGUCUGCACGCAAAGCUCGCGGCGCUGCAGGAGACCGCGUGGUCAACGAAGAGCUGCUGGCCGGCGACUAUAGCAGUCCGCGCAGUGCAAGCAUUGAUGGCCACACCGGUGUCACCGUAUACGAGGGAGGCUCCGUUACGCAGAGCAUGCUUGGUGAGCAGAAGGUGGGAUCCAAAUCGGCCGGAGCCGGUUUUGUCGAGCUUGGAAAGCCCGACAGUAUCAUCAAAGAAGGUCGUUUGUUUCGAGGUGCAGACGAUGAAGUCGAUUCGCUAGGAGACAAAGUCAAAAAUCUCCUGAAUGCAAAGGUCGUGAAUGCCUGGAAAAGCUUGGCCCAAGCUGGAGAGCUAGACUCUUCCUCCUCAGCACAGCAACGUGUGGUAACGGGCAGCACUCAGUCAAAGAAUCGUCCUUUCCAAAAGAGGAUGAACAAUAAGGUGACAGAACCUCUUCUUCACAAUCUCAGACUAUGGUCCAAGUCCGAAAAGAAAAAGAGGAUCAAAAUCGCCAAUGAAGUUGUUAACGACAUGAGAAAGACUAUAGCAAACCUGCCUUUCACUGAAGAGCAGCUCGUCCUCAUGAACGCUCUUUUGGAAUUUGCUAAGCAGACAAGAUCCAUUCAGAAGAAAUUUCCUGCCUACAUCUGGCACUUGAAAGAGGAGCAGAAAGCAGAAUUGAAGAAUCGCUUAGAAGGACUCCGCGACAAUGUGCAUGGCUACCUGCGAGACAAUGCCGAGGGCUUCGCUACGAUGGGCAUCGACGUACAAGAUGUUUUUGCAAAUGUUGAAGAGAAGAUCAAACAGAUCAAGGAGGACAUAAUGAAAAAGAUGGCCGAGGAAAUGGCGGAGGCGAUGCGCUCUAAUGCAAGCAGCAGCAGUUCCACUACUGCGACGGGGAACGAGGAUUUAUCGGCCCAAGAAAUAGUGCUUGCUCUUAUCGAAAUAUUCUCAAAACUCAAAGCAAAGUAA